UUCAAAUUAUGUGAGAUGGUUGCGGAGACGAUGGUCGUCGAAGGAUGAUGAAUGCGCUUUGUGGCUGCUGGCGCGACGCUUCGGCAUGAGCCCUUGAGCCCUGGAUUUCGCGUUGCCGGCCCUCGGGCACUGCCCACGCUGGUUCUCCGCACGCACCCUCACUUCUGCCUUCUGCGCUCUCGCUCGCCAUCUUCGAUCUAUCCUCCCCCCAUCAGAACAUGUCCGCCUUCACGACCGUAAAUCCUGUCGCUCCGCCUGCGGCGCCUGCUGUCGCGGCGCCGCCGCCGCCACAGGAGCAACAACAGAACGGACAGCCUUCCCACAGCCCCGUCUCGCACCCGGAGCCCGAGCCAGAGCCCAUGGACGACGAAUCUGUUCUGUCGGAUGUUCCUCCGGACACCGAGAACAUGCCGCUGCCUAUGUCUGCCACGAACUAUGAUGGGGCUACCGAGCCUCACGACCAGGAGCCGAACCCCAAGAAGCGUAAGCGCUACAAUGAUCCACCCAACGAAGUCCACGCGGAACUCAGGCGCCCCCAGUUACCAGGCCAGUGGUAUAGCAAGACUCCGGAACAGUGGGAGGAGCUGUCGCACUUGCACAAGCUCAUAUACUCUCAUGUUGGUCGCAUUGAGGAGACCGACCUCGGCGAGGAGGUCGAGCCUUGCGAAGCGUGUCGCAAGCGUGGUUUCAAGUGCAUGAAGUAUAAGCAAGACCACCCGGAGGUAGAGAAAUUAUAUAAAGGCAAUGUACGCGUCGGUACGUCGUGUACGCGAUGUAGACGAUACCGGCGCACGUGCGCGCUUCCCGGCAAGAAACAAAACGGUACAGCUACAACACCAAGCCGACCGCAAUCACUCACAAAUGGCUACAACCCUCCUCCCAGCGCGACAAGCGGCGAAUACAAGACGCAGACGGUGUCUGGAGCGGAUGGUCUGGACACAUGGGAGAAUACUCUGUUAGCCGCAGCUUCCGGCGGCAGCCCGUUAACCUCUGUCGCAUCCUCACCUGCAGAGUAUAAUGAUCCUCCAACUUCACUUCCCCCAACAGCAAAUUUUCAAGCAAAUCAAAAUAACCCUUCCGGCCGCGAAAAUGCUCAAUCAAACAACGUUGACCAUGAUGACUCAAAUCAGACGGUGACAAAGAAUACCUUGUUGAAUCGCAUUAAAUAUCUUGAGUUUGAGAUCCAGGAACUUCGUGCCUCGCAGUCAGAUUUCAACAAGGAGCGCGAUUGGAACGAUCAAAAACGCGACCUGCAGGCUGAAAUAUACCGCCUGCGAGAAGAUCAGCGCAAGACACGCGAAGAGAACUGGGCAUUACAGAACAAGGUUAUCCAACUCGAGAAAGAUUUCAUGGCUGUCAGAGGUGCUGAUAUCGAGCGGAUCAUGGCAGAAGCAGAGCUGAAAGUCGAGAAUCGCCAAUUGACGGCUCGCGUCCAGGCGCUGACAGAGCAGCGUAGAGCGGGCAAGGCCAAGGUCAAGGAACUUAAGAAAACAAACCGGCGAUUGAGGAGGCGGAAUGCGGAAUUGGAGCAUGGCAACGCCACAAGUGACCAAUCGAGCGGUGCUGCUAUGCCUCCGCGGAUGGACCGCAGGCACAGUGACCUUGCUUGAUGAAAUCGUCUUUCUGUGGACGAUGGUCCAUCACCUUUGCAAAUAUUCUUAUCCUCCGGCAAGGAGCAAGGUCAGAGCGGUGGUUGAUACCAACGCUUCGCAUAUGCUGCUGUUGCUUCCAAUCUUGCCGUAGCAUUCGACAAGGCUACUGGCCUCGAUAUCCACACAACUCUUGUCAUAUCUCUUUAAGCUUUAUACCUUUCUAUCCCAAUCAAACUUUCCCACUAUGACUGUAUUUAUUAUGGGUAAUGGUUUUGACGGAUUUAAGCGACAGGAUUUUCCGAAAAGAAGUGGGUUCGUGUUUUUUUCUAUUUUUAACUACGCGGAAAGACGACUGGAUGGGCUAGACUCGGAAAUGGCGUGGACAGCAUAUGCUGUUCAAGCAAGCACGAGUUAGGGAAAUGGAUACAAUAUUCUCGUGGGUUCGGAACUUUCUGCUUCGUGGGACGCCUUUGAAUAGCAGAGGCCAGAAAGCACAGACAAGCUCUGGAUUGUCGUAUAUGUGCGGGUUCUCUGGCUAUACGAAGUCUUACAUAUUUCAACGUGUAAUCAUUUUCCCUGCUUAACCUUGCUGAUGCCUAUAUGUGUAAUGCCAGUCCUCUCUCG